CGCUUGUCGUCGGCGGGGGCGCGCACGUAGACAUGUAUGUAUUACGUCGCGCCAAAUUUUAGUUGCUUGAAGACUGGGGGAAUUGCUGUGUGUUUGUUUGGAGAGCAGUGUGCAAGAAGUCGUUGGUCUCAUCGUUCUUGCUUCUAGCUGGGUGUGGAAAGCUGCUGCUGCUGCUGCUGUAAUAAGAGAAUGGGUCUUCUUGAGUGCUGUGAGCACCUGUUUGGCACAAGUAACCUGUACCAGGUGCUUGGGGUGGAGAAGGAGGCAUCUGAGGCAGAGAUCCGCAGGGGCUACUACAAAGUCUCUCUCCAGGUUCACCCAGACAGGGUCCCUGACAAUGAGCAGGCCACAGAGAAAUUUCAGGUCCUUGGAAAGGUGUAUGCAGUAUUGAGUGACAAGGAGCAGAGGGCAGUGUAUGAUGAACAAGGCAUUGUGGACGAGGAAUCUGACACCCUGCGCCAGGACCGCUCGUGGGAUGAGUACUGGAGGCUGCUGUUCCCAAAGAUCACGGUGGAUGACAUCAAAGCGUUUGAAACGAAGUACAAGGGUUCAGAGGAGGAGGCUGCGGAUGUCCGGAAGAGCUACAUGGAUCACAAGGGGAAUAUGGACCGCAUCAUGGUGUCAGUACUGUGCUGCACCUACGAGGAUGAGCCUCGGAUCCGGGAGAUCAUUGAGAAAGCCAUCGCUGCAGGAGAGCUCCCAGCCUUCGACGCUUUCACAAAUGAGUCAGAGAAAAAGAAGGCGGCCAGAAAAAGACAGGCAAACAGGGAGAAAAGAGAAGCAGAGAAAAUGACAAAGGACAUGGGGUUAGUUGAUGAUGAGGACUCCUUGAAAGCACUUAUUCAGGCAAGGCAGAAAUCUCGUGAACAGAAGAUGGACUCGUUCCUGACAGACCUGGAAGCAAAAUAUUGCAAGAAAGGGGGGAAGGGAAGAGCUGAAAAGAAAUGAAAACUUGAUAGCACUUUGUGACUAGAGCUGCAUCUUAUUUACAAGGGGGUCCUGUAAGCCUGAACAUUUCCACUGCUUACAUCCUGGCAUCUAAAAUCAAUAUAGUUUUAUACAUUGUCCAGGUACUGAAUUCCAGUAAAAAUAGGUUUAUUGUAUUUUGUAACCACCUCUGUUGUGCGAGCGGAUCUGAACAGGAAUGUUGAGAUCUGGAAAGGGUGGGAGUAAGCACAGAAACAAGUUGCAUUAAAAGCAAGUUCUGGGUAUGCCUUGCAAUUAGCACUCUCCUUUUGCUUUCUCAUGAUACCUGCCUGUCUGCAAAUAUGUCAUUUAUAUUCACAACUUCCCACAAGACUGGGACUUUUAGUCUUAAGCAAUGCAUAAGAGCAAAAGCAGUUCCUCUAUUUGUACAUACACAUGUCCUAAAUCUAAAAUACAUGACUCUAGCUGAAGGUGUCCAAGCAGGUUGUGGAAAUUAAUUCAGUACUAUAGUUACAUGCACAGAGAAUGAAUCAUUUAGUAAUUAAUUGUUUUGAAUGCAAAAAGCAAAUGUACAAGGUUUAACAUACCAAACUCUCACAUCCAUACUUGGAGCCAGCUGGUCUUCGCUAUUCUCCUCAUCCUCGAUUGGGGAGUGCCCCAGUGGGUGGUGGUGGAAAGAGUCUAAGAAAGAGGAGCUGCCGAUCCCCAGACUGAUCCCAGUCACCCCAAUACUGAUAGAAUCUGAAAAACAAUACACAAUGCUGAAGGCAGUAAACUAACUUCACAUGUGCUGGCUAAUGCAGAUCCCCUUCAUUUUUUUCAA